CUCAAAGCACCGAGUUGGGAGGUGCGAGCUCCGCCCCUAUUUUCCCUACAAGGGCACGCUGUUGUGGGGGCGGGGCGAAGGGGAGGUGCUCCCAGCCCCUCUCAAAAGCCGCGAGUCCACUGGGAACUCCAAUCUUUUCAGCUCCGCGGAGAAGCCUGCACCACCGUCUGGGUGGAGGACCUCCAGGGACAGCCAGGAUUCUAUCCCUCUUUCUCCGGAGAGCUUUCCCAUCCAUCAAGCCCCAAUCCCCAGGUGGCUAUGGCCUCAUUGCCGACUCAGGGUCCAGCGGUCCCUGACUUGUUUUCUGAGCUGCUGCCUGCGGCUUCAAGUCCGGUCAACCAGAGCUCAGAGUCCUUGGUGGGCAAUGGGUCGGCGGCUGGUCCAGGCGCUCAGGCCAUCACACCGUUCCAGAGCCUGCAGCUGGUGCAUCAGUUGAAGGGGCUGAUUGUGCUGCUCUACAGCGUCGUGGUGGUCGUGGGGCUUGUGGGCAACUGCCUGCUGGUGCUGGUGAUCGCACGGGUGCGUCGGCUGCACAACGUGACCAACUUUCUCAUCGGUAACCUGGCCCUGUCGGACGUGCUCAUGUGCGCCGCCUGCGUGCCGCUCACGCUGGCCUACGCGUUCGAGCCACGCGGCUGGGUGUUCGGCGGAGGCCUGUGUCACCUGGUCUUCUUCUUGCAGCCGGUCACCGUCUACGUGUCGGUGUUCACGCUCACCACCAUCGCGGUGGACCGCUACGUCGUGCUGGUGCACCCGCUGCGCCGGCGCAUCUCGUUGCGCCUCAGCGCCUACGCGGUGCUGGCCAUCUGGGCGCUGUCCGCGGUGCUGGCGCUGCCGGCCGCCUUGCACACCUACCACGUGGAGCUCAAGCCGCACCGCGUGCGCCUCUGUGAGGAGUUCUGGGGGUCGCAGGAGCGCCAGCGCCAGCUCUACGCUUGGGGGCUGCUGCUCGUCACCUACUUGCUCCCCCUGCUGGUCAUCCUCCUGUCUUACGUCCGGGUGUCGGUGAAUCUCCGGAACCGCGUGGUGCCGGGCUGCGUGACCCAGAGCCAGGCCGACUGGGACCGCGCGCGACGCCGGCGCACCUUCUGCCUGCUGGUGGUGGUUGUGGUGGUGUUCGCCGUCUGCUGGCUGCCGCUGCACGUCUUCAACCUGCUGCGAGACCUCGACCCGCACGCCAUAGACCCAUACGCCUUCGGCUUAGUGCAGCUGCUCUGCCACUGGCUCGCCAUGAGCUCCGCCUGCUACAACCCCUUCAUCUACGCCUGGUUGCACGACAGCUUCCGCGAGGAGCUCCGCAAACUGUUGCUGGCCUGGCCCCGCAGGAUUGCUCCGCACGGCCAGAGCAUGACAGUCAGCGUGGUGAUCUGAUGCCACUGUCAGGCCUUGGGGAACUCCAGUCCGCUGGUCUCGGAGGGUGCCCACCCGGAGGCCGGACUGGAGAGAUUAUUCCAGAGCUAGGCUAAUACUAAACUAAUAUGGCCCCAAACUGCCAGCCCACCCCUCUUGUCCCUCUGUCUUUCCUUGUCUUUGUGUCACUGUAAAAUGUUAUCUAAGCUUUGAUGAGAGUCUCAUGCUUUGCUUGGAGGAGGCCAGGGAGAACAAAAGAGGUUUUACCGUUUUCUCCUUUUACCACUGAAGG